AUGUCACGACCACGGCCGCUCAUGCGAGCCGAGCAAUUGGCGCUGGACGAAGGCGUCGAAUCGCAGGACAGCCAGGCCAUUCUCGACGCUCUGAAAGCUGAGUUCGGAGCUGCAGCGCUUCACGGAACCCUUGAAUCGCCGCCACAGCUCGGGACAGCCUGCGAGAAUGUGGAUGUGAGUGCGGGAAGAGGCGCAGACGAGUGUGAAGAGCGGCACAGCGACAACGGAGCCGAGGUGGGCGAUUUGGACAUUUCAAGCUCGGCGAGGCGAAGCGUGCGCUGGCAGGAUCACACCUUCAAGAAGCAAUCCAUCAACACGCCACGCCACAGUAAUGCGAGUAAUCCGACCGCCGAAUUUCACAGAGUGGGACGCGAAGCACCCCAGACUCACCAACCACCAGCACGGCCAAGGGUCCGCGAACAGGACCUGGACGAUGCUGUCGUAGCUGAGAGCAGCCCGGUUGACCGAAACGCACGUUCCUCGUCCCCUCUACGCAAUCGCGAUAACACGAAUCAGAGCCACGGCGACAGCAUCCCUACCAUGCCAAUUGGCGCUGGCAGGCCACAGAUGGGAGGCGCUAUGGACGUCUCGCAGCAGACACCCACGCAGGUCAAUGUGGAACGAGACUAUGACCAAUUCUACCAGCCGGUAGAGUCCAGCUCUCUGCCCGACACGCUGCAUGUUGAUGAUACCGGCGCAGUCAACUUUGGAAACCUGAGCCCUGGUGCCGCUCGUCCAUCAUCCCAGGUUUCUGAAGAUGCAGGCUUUGAAAAUACUCGCGGCGAAUGGAGGGCGCCGGCUGGGACCUCACAGCACCGACCUAGCAGUGGUCAUACUCCCUUCAAGCCCCGCGACCUUCCGCCAGAAACGCCAGUACCGCCUAAGAAUCCUUUUGCUAUUCAGAACGAUGCGAACGGAGGUGUUCCUUUUGCAGGCACACAGCUCUUUGAGCAAACGCCUGCGUUGCCCUCAGCUAUGAAGCUCCAUAGCCCUACAUCGUCUCGACCGUCUCCAGCCAUGUUGCCCGAUACGAUGUCCCUGAAUGUUAUGGGCACAUCUCCGCUAAAAGCACGCGCAAAUGUCUCUUCACCGACCGUUAUGCAUACGUCAAGCCCUAGUCGAAUAAACAACAUUCCGGCAAGCACACACAAACCCAAAGUGUCUCCAAUCCAAGAAGAAUCCCUAGCUAAAAGCAGAGAGCUUCGAGAUGACAUGAUUCCCGAGUCACCGACCGUCCAGCCGUCGAAACGCCACGAAAACCGACAGCCUCUGGCGCACUACGAACCGAUGAAGAAAUCUCAAGAGCGUAAAGCAGCAGUGCAUAUGCCCCCGCUGCAAUUGGGUAUCGACAGCGACUCGGACGAUGCAAUCAUACGAAUGAGGCGCAAGAAAAGGAUGAAUAAGAUACGGUUGCAGACGGCGGAGGAGAUGGAGAAGGUGACGGUGCAAAUACCCCCGCGACGAGACACGGGCGACAGUCGGAACCGAAAGCGAAGAAAGCUAUCUUCAAGUAUUGACGAAGGGUCGCUUCCCAGCCACGAGCAAAGCGUAGAAAAAAUGGAACUUCCCAGCACAGAUGGUGGAUCACGCAGUUCUGAGAAAGGGUCAAGUUUGCCAGGGCAGAGAUUGUUGACUGAAUCGACAAAAGCAACGCCUCGAGAUGAUGCGGCUGCACCAUCAAAAGAUAAUCGCAAAAGAGCUUCAACUACUAAACUAGGAAGAAGCAAGGAAGACGUCUCUGAGGAAAUGAUACCUGCUACUAGUCCCGUCAGAUCAUUUCCAUCGGGAGCUCGGCACGAUGCGCCGGCAGCUUCUGAGCCUGAACCUGAGCUUCCCGUAUUAGCUCAAGAUGAAUUUGCAGAAAAUGACCCCGAAGCUGAUGUGCAGUCGUCUUCACUUCCUCCACUACGUCGGCAGGCGCAGAGAUCAUAUGGAAGGCGAGCACAAAGCAAUCGCCGAAGCAAGAUCAUUACUUCGUCGGAGACAAAUGAGAGGGCGUCGACCGAACCAGAUAUCCAGGCGCAUAAGAGCGCCUUACCGAGUUCCAGUAACGCAACUGUUGUGCCUGCUAGGACUGAAACGACGGAGACAGAAAAUCCUGAACCCAGAGUGUCAAAGACGGACUCUGCAACUGUAAUACCGACAGCAAUUCGGACUUUGAGACGCGAUAACAAAGCGCCUCUCACACCCGUGCGACCUCGUAUGCCUGAUCGAAAGGCUCAUACAUCAUCUAGUUUCACAACUCUAUCAACGCCAGUGGCAUCAGAGAAGACUACACCAAAUACACCAUCUUCCCCGGUAUCUGACCAGCCGGAAGCCAAGGCCACUACUUCGUCAUCUCCUGCGCAGGGCCGAAAGAUGAGAUCUAGAAACUCGGAAAGGGCAUCAAAGGACAGGAUUCCACAGCAAGCUGCCAAAGCUUUAAGAACGAGUAUCCGGUCUGUCCUAAAUGAGCCAAGUUCUACUGAUGAGCUGCAGCAGUCGCCGUCUAGCAGUGUUCUUGAGUCAGGAGUUUCUUCGCUGAGAUCGAGUAGAAUCUUCAAACAAAGCAUCGGAUCUACUUUUCGUGGACGAAGAAUGUUUGAGGGCAUGGCUUUUGCAAUAUCCAUGUCGCUUGACAAGAAGAAUGAAAAGACUCGUGCUAGUAUAGAGGCAAAGAUUAAGCAAGCCGGUGGUCUCAUCCUGGAAUCAGGCUUUGAAGAGUUGUUUGAGCCUUCUACGAUAAUGAGCACCUCUAAUGUUCCAAGUGCUGAUGACGGAGAAACUCUUGGCUUAUCCAGUUCUUGUUCAAACUAUGGAUUCACCGUGCUGAUUGCAGACACACAUUCCCGCAAAGUCAAGUACAUGCAAGCAUUGGCUUUAGGACUGCCCUGUCUGGCAUAUCAAUGGGUAGUAAUGUGUCUCAACAAAGGAAUUUUGAUUGACUGGGAACCCUAUCUUCUUGCGGCAGGAUCGUCUGCCAUUCUGGGAAAUGCAAUAAGGUCAAGAUGCUUACGCCCAUACGAUGCUGAAAAUGCAAGACUCGCAGAAGUACUUGACAAGCGGCCAAAGUUGCUUGCGGCCGAAAAAUUACUCGCUGUCGUGGAUGACAAAAGGGCCCGGAGCGAAGGGAAGAGGAAAAAGAGCGACUUGGAGAAGCAACCGUACCUUUUCCUCGCUCAGGCUCUUGGGCCCUCCAUAUCUUGGGUCUCGACGAUACAGCAGGCUCGCGAAAUGCUAGAUGCGCAAGAUAAAGCGGGUGAGCCAUUUACUUGGAUAUAUAUGGACGAAUCUAUAGGCACGGUUGAAUCGGUGCUUGCGAAGCCAGAAUUAACCGGCAAGAAACGGCGGAGAUCUCAGGGAUUGUCAGCAGCGAGAAAUGUCCGUGUGCUAUGUGAUGAGCUCAUUGUUCAAAGCCUCAUCCUUGGAAGGAUAGCAGAAGAAGAUGAAAUGUACGAUGCAGGGGUGAAGAGUUGA